AUGGCUGACUCCGGGAAGAUCACCAUCUCCAUCGACCGCGGGGGAACCUUUACCGAUGUCCACGCUAUUGUGCCUGGUCAUUCAGAUAUUAUCCUGAAGCUCCUCUCGGUCGACCCCGCACAUUAUCAAGAUGCCCCAACCGAGGGUAUCCGCCAGAUUCUCGAGCUCGCGACCGGUGAGCCUCAUCCUCGUGGGCGACCACUGAAGCUCGACCGUAUUGGAUGCCUUCGCAUGGGCACCACAGUGGCCACCAAUGCCUUGCUGGAGCGCAAAGGAGCGCGUUCAGCCCUGUUCACCACUAAGGGCUUCCGUGAUCUGCUCAAAAUUGGUGACCAGUCCCGCCCUGCUAUCUUCGACCUGACCAUGGCACGCCCUGGAGUGCUCCCAGAGGAAGUCGUGGAAGUCAACGAGCGAGUGGUUCCGUGCCACCCUGCAGCAGAUAGCGAUUGUUUCUCGGGCGCUCGCGUGGUAGAGGGCAUCACCGGCGAGAAGUUCCGUGUUGUGCAAGAAUUGGACCUUGCCCACGUGCGAUCGGAGCUGCAGCGCCUGAAGGAAGCAGGCUACCAAUCACUCUCAGUGGCACUUGUGCAUUCAUUCGCCUACCCUGAUCACGAACGCCAAAUUGGAGAGAUCGCUGAACAAAUGGGGUUCUCGGUCACACUGUCGUCCAAGCUCCAGCCGAUGAUCAAGAUUGUCCCUCGCGGCAUGUCGGCGGCUGCCGAUGCCUACCUGACUCCCGUCAUCAAGACAUAUAUCGACUCAAUUUCAUCGAGCUUUGAAGGUGGACUGGAAAAAGAACAGGAUUGCCGGUUCGAAUUCAUGCAGUCAGAUGGCGGUUUGGUCGACUUCCGCAAAUUCAGUGGCCUGAAGGCCAUUCUGUCUGGCCCCGCAGCUGGUGUUGUUGGCUUUGCGGCUACAAGUUGGGACCCCGUUGAGAAGACACCAGUCAUCGGCUUUGAUAUGGGAGGCACAUCUACAGAUGUGUCACGUUUUGAUGGCCAUUUGGAGCAUGUCUUCGGCUCGAAGGUGGCUGGAGUCUUAAUCCAAUCCCCGCAACUCGAUAUCAACACGGUCGCUGCUGGUGGUGGUUCGAUUCUCACCUGGCGCAAUGGUCUCUUCUAUGUUGGCCCCGAAUCUGCCAGCGCCCAUCCUGGCCCAGCUUGCUACCGAAAAGGUGGUCCGUUGACCGUGACCGACGCGAACCUGUUUUUGGGUCGAUUGCUUCCCGAGUACUUUCCUCACAUCUUUGGACCCAACGAAGACCAACCCCUCGACACCGAAAUCACAGCACAGAAGUUCCACGACUUGACUCACAAGAUCAAUGUUGAGCGUCGUCACCAUUUCCAGCCAGAGUACACCCCAGAGGAGGUUGCGCUUGGGUUUCUUAAGGUCGCUGACGAGUCGAUGGCCCGGCCGAUCCGCAAUCUUACCGAAGCUCGUGGCUUCGAGACUGCUUCCCACCACCUGGCAUGCUUUGGUGGUGCUGGUGGUCAGCAUGCCUGUUCUGUGGCUGACUCACUGGGGAUCUCUCGCAUCAUUGUCCACAAGUAUUCUUCGAUCCUGUCAGCGUAUGGCCUAGCCCUAGCCGAGGUGGUGAAAGAAUCCCAAGAGCCAGUGUCCACCGACUACCUGUCUUCUCACGCAGACCUACUUCAACGCUUUGAUAACAUGGCUUCUGUUGCCACCAGCGAGAUGCAAUCACAAGGAUUCCCUUCCAGCCAAGUGCGCCACGAACAGUACCUGAACAUGCGGUAUGAAGGCUCCGACACCAGUCUCAUGAUCCUGCGGCCUGAGAACUCGUCAGAUUUCAUGGCAGAAUUCCGUGAGCGUCAUCGUCGCGAAUUUAAUUUCAACUCUGAACGUCCGGUCCUCGUCGACGACAUUCGUGUACGCACAAUUGCUUCGUCCAAAGUCCGCACGGAGCGAAGCCCCUUGGUACAACUGAAGGACACUACCAUCCACGAUGUGAAAACGGCCCCGGCAAACACGACAACUGCCUAUUUUGAUGGCUACUCGAAACGCGUGGACACGCCAGUUUACCUGCUUGAUCAGCUAGAGAAGGGAUCCCGAGUGGCUGGUCCUGCUGUGAUCAUCGACAAAACCCAGACAAUUGUCGUUGUUCCCAAUGCAGUGGCAAACCUCCUUGAGACCUGUAUUGUCAUUGACCUACAAGAUAAACUAGCUGUCCCUGUCUCUGAGACCCAGGUCUCCUCAGAGAUUGACCCCAUCCGACUCAGUAUCUUUGGUCAUCGAUUCAUGUCUAUUGCCGAGCAGAUGGGCCGGACUUUGCAGAAGACGUCUGUUUCGACUAACAUCAAGGAGCGCUUGGAUUUCUCUUGUGCCCUAUUUUCUCCCGACGGAGGACUUGUUGCAAACGCUCCGCAUGUCCCGGUCCACCUGGGAUCUAUGCAGUUUGCCGUCCGCUACCAGCACGAAAAAUGGCUGGGCAAUCUGAAGGAUGGCGAUGUGCUUGUAGCCAACCAUCCUACUUGUGGCGGAACUCACCUUCCUGACAUCACUGUCAUUACCCCUGUCUUUGACCGACCGGGGGGAACCGAAAUCAUGUUCUAUGUUGCCUCGCGUGGUCACCACGCCGAUAUUGGUGGAAUUCUCCCAGGAUCGAUGCCGCCCAAGUCUACUGAGCUGUGGCAAGAGGGUGCUGCCAUUGAAGGUGACAAGAUUGUCAGUAAUGGUAUCUUGGACGAGGCGCGUCUCAUUGAAUUGCUGGUCACCAAACCGGCCCAGUACCCCGGUUGUUCCGGCGCGCGCUGCAUCAGUGACAAUCUGUCCGAUCUCAAGGCUCAGAUUGCGGCCAACACUCGCGGUAUAAGUCUGAUCCAAACACUCUUUACCGAGUAUGGAGUAGAGACUGUUCAGAAAUAUAUGUACGCCAUCCAAGCGACCGCUGAAACCGCUGUGCGCAAUCUCCUCAAGGGACUAUGUCAAAAGUUCGGUGGUCAACCCUUAGAGGCAGUUGACUACAUGGACGACGGUACCCCUAUUCGCCUGAAGGUUACCAUCGAUGGAAACGAUGGCUCAGCAGUCUUCGACUUUGCGGGCACCGGACCAGAAGUGUAUGGCAGUUGGAAUGCGCCCAUCGCGAUCACACACUCGGCUAUUAUUUACUGCUUGCGCUGUAUGAUCAACGCCGAUGUUCCGUUGAACCAAGGCUGCCUGGCUCCUAUCGAUAUUCAGGUCCCCUCUCCCAGCAUUCUGUCCCCCACCAAGACGGCUGCCGUGGUCGGUGGCAAUGUGGUCACCUCACAACGCAUCACAGAUGUUGUCUUCAAGGCCUUCCAAGCUUGCGCGGCCUCUCAAGGCUGCUGCAACAAUCUGACCUUCGGCACUGAUCCCAAAGUUGAUCCCGACACUGGGGCUGUGAUCAAGUCUGGCUUCGGGUACUACGAGACCAUUGCUGGCGGCAGUGGUGCCGGGCCAACCUGGAAAGGUGAAUCUGGCAUUCAUGUUCAUAUGACCAACACCCGUAUCACCGACCCUGAGAUCCUUGAGAAGCGCUAUCCAACAUUGCUCCGUCAAUUCACUCUGCGCGAGGGAUCUGGUGGCCAAGGCAAGAAUCCUGGAGGCGAGGGUGUGAUCCGAGACAUCGAGUUCCUUGCACCGAUCCAAUGCUCGAUCCUUUCCGAGCGGCGUGUGCAUCGGCCUUAUGGCCUGGAAGGUGGCGGGGAUGCACAGACUGGUCUGAACCAGUGGAUCACCAAGGAUGCUGAGACCGGCCAGGAGCGUCGCAUCAAUAUUGGUGGCAAGAACACGGUCUCCAUGAAGACACAUGACAGAAUCCUCAUCAUGACUGCCGGUGGCGGUGGUUGGGGUGCAGUAGAGGCAGCAGCAUAA